AUUAAAUACAAAAGAGAUUGAGCUUUAAUGUGGGCUUAAACCUUAAUGAACUCAAAUAUAAAAAAUGAGUCCGAAUAAAGGUCAACUUUGGCAUUCUUAAAUGAGUGGAGUUUUCAAAGUAUUUGCCCUCAACCGGGCUUAGAUCUGACCCGGGAAUUUGCAUCUAUUCUAAUCAGUUUCCCAGAUAUGAUUCCCUGUAAACAUUAUGAGGGCAUUAAUGGCCUAACAUCUCUUUACUCAAAUUAGUCAGAAGUAUACACUUUUAUGAAAAAAGGUUAAAUCUCUGAAGGCAACUUAUUCAUGCUUUGCUAGGAAAUAUAUUUAAAAUUUUCUACAUGGAAACUUUUUCAGCAUAGCUGGCGACCCUUAACUUAGUAUAAAUGGCAUCUUUCUGUUGCUGUCCAAGUCAAUUUUACCAUAUAAAUUUCCUUCCAUCUUCCUGCUCUUUGAGGUAAAAUAGCUUUCUUGUUUCCUCCACCUACCUUAAUCACUCCAUAAAAGAACUGGGAGUUUUAGCUUGGUCUAGUUUCUUUCUACUACAAACACCAUGACAAGAAAAAGGGAUAUGUUACUUCAAUCCAGUGAAAACUCUAGUCACUUGCCUAAAGGUGGUUGCACUGUCUUGCUGGUGGAUUGUGACUCUACAUGCCUUACCACUAUAUCAAAAAUGCUUCGCUGUAUUGGAUAUAGAGUCUUGACCACUAGACUAGCCUAUGAUGCAUUCUGCAUCAUUAAGGACAAAGAAAAUGAGAUUGACCUUGUUCUGGCUGAGGGUAGCCUGCCUGAUAUGGAUAAGUAUGAGUUCCUGGAGACAAUUGGGGAAAUUUCUAAGCUGCCUGUUGUGAUAAUGUCUGCCGACCUAGAUUGCACUGCCAUGUUAGGAGGCUUGUUUAAGGGGGCUGUAUUAUAUUUGGUGAAACCAAUCACCAUGAACAAUCUGAGAUAUCUAUGGCAAUUUGCAGUCGUUAGUAAAAGAGAUAGGUUGGCUGUUUCCAAUGGGAUAGAAAGCAGUCAGGAGAAACUGCCACAGGGGAAUUCAUCAGAUGAGGAUUUAGAGACUCCAGUCUUGACAGAUGAACAGAAUCAGCAGAAUCAACGAUCUGGCAAAAGGAAGGUAUUGGAGGAAGCGAAUGGAAAUGAGGAGGAAGAUAAUGAUGAUUCUGCUGUGCUAAAGAAGCCAAAACUAGUUUGGACCAAUGAACUUCAUAAUAGGUUUUUACAAGCUAUCAGGUUUUUAGGCAUUGAAAAAGCUCUUCCAAAGAAAAUACUUCAGCGUAUGAAUGUCCCUGGAUUGACAAAAGAAAAUAUUUCAAGCCAUUUACAGAAAUACCGUCUCUCCUUGAAACGGGAACAUGAUGUAGCUCAGAGGACCUUUUAUGGUGAUUCUGCAUCAAACACUCCUUUAUCUCCAUUCACUUUGAGUGAGGGAUUUCUUCAGUUUCCAAAUUCACAAUCAGCAAUGACAGUAUUUCAACCACUAGUUAGACGCUAUACUCCAGAGAGUCUCUGCAGCAGCACUGGAAAUAUCAUUAAUCAUGUAGGUUCAACUCGAAGUGGUCUGCCUCUAUCACCCUUCAUAUAUCAAGAUCCUCCUUUUCCAGAGACCAAUCAAGGAUUUCAUCAGUUGGCAAUUGGUAAUGGUGGAGAAUUUAUGAUGGAAAAAGUUGACAUGUUGGAUGCUGGAGAUCCUAGCUUUGGAAGUUCAGUAAAUUGGCUCACCCCCAUCAACGAUGCUGUCCAGGAGCAACAGCGGCAGCCACAGCUGCCUCAGGAAUUUCUGUUUCCAGGGCUGCCACAAGUUCCUGAGCCACAAAAGGAGAAAGAAGCAUGCAUCAUUAUUGAAGGUGAAAUUGCAAAAAUGGAUGACUUAUUUGAUUUGGCUGAUGAAAUGAAUCAAUCCUUCCAUUAUGAGGACCUUGGUGAUCUGUGAGAGUUCUGAAUUUGGGUCAGUCUUAGCGUUCCUGUUUCUUCCAUCAAUGGCUCAUGUUAAUUAAAAAAAUAUGGUCAGUCCUAGAUGAAUUUCCAGUGCACAAGGUGAUGUUUAACUUUGUUGUUAUCUUGUCAUUCUUCCUUCAUGUCAUAGGAAACUGUGUUACAAAACAUUUCUAUAUGUUCAGAGUUGAGACAUGGGUUCCUAUAAAAUUUUUGUUUGUUUCUUUCUAAGAAUGUUGCUCUUCUUGGGAAGUGGUGUGCUCGAUUUGGGAGGCAAAGUGAGUCUUCCUGGAAAAUGAUAUUAAUUGAGAAGUAUCAUGGGGGUCAGGAUUGUUGAGAUGUAAAGAGCAUAAUGUCUAAGUCAGUAUCAAGGCUGUGGGGGGAUGUGCUAGGUAUUGGCAGUGUUAAUGAGUCUAUUAAAACAGUGUUUUUUUU